AGUCCUCUCUGCCUGGUCUCCCUCCUUUCCCUCUUGCUGCAUGCACUGACGAGACCACCCCCAAGCCAAAUCUCUCUCUCUCUCUCUCUCUAAACUUCCUAUUCUACCCCUCUUUCUUUCUUUAGUCUUAGAACACCCUCUCCUUCCCUAUAUAUAAAUCCCCCUGGCUCCCCUUCUUCACUCCCAAUCCAAAAGAGCUCACCUUCUAAGUAGCAGAAGCGAGUAUAUAUAUAUUAUAUAUAGUAAGAAGAAGAGAGGAUGCAGUACCAGGCAGCGGCGGAGUCGUGGGGGGCGUACGCGUCGCUGGGGGGGCGAAUGGAUCCGUUGGAGAGGGUGGAGAGGCUGGCGGCGGAGAGCGCGGUGGUGAUCUUUAGCGUGAGUACGUGCUGCAUGUGCCAUGCCGUGAAGCGUCUCUUCCGCGGGAUGGGUGUGAGCCCCACCGUGUACGAGCUCGACGAGGACCCCCGCGGCAAGGACAUGGAGCGCGCCCUCGCCCGCCUCCUCGGCGCCGCUGGCGGGCCCCCAGCCGUCCCCGUCGUCUUCAUCGGCGGCAAGCUUGUCGGCGCCAUGGACCGGGUCAUGGCUUCCCACAUCAAUGGCACCCUCGUCCCCCUCCUCAAAGAGGCUGGCGCCCUCUGGCUCUAAUUAACAACAACUUGGUCCAUUAAUUACAUAUCAUGUCACACUAUCAUAGAGAGAGAAUUACAAGAGAGGUAUAUAUAGGAGGUUUUAGAGGGGGAGAGAGAGAGAGAGAGAGAGAGAGAGAGAGGAGGGUUUCAUUUUAUUUUUUCUUCCUCCGUUUUGGGUAUAGGAAUGAUCAACGAGUGUGGGAUUAAUUAGCUAGGCUGGCUUUUAUUUGAUUUUCUGUUGACUUUGAUCUUGGGUUUUAUCUUUUCAAUGAAGGGAAUGGGAAAGGGCUUGGUGU